AUGCYCAUCGCUCCAAAAUCGAGCGUAUCCUACGCGAAGCAGACGCUGCCGUUUCCCAUCUACGCUGCCGAUUGGGAUCCCUACAACCGGGGCUAUCUUGUUGUCGCGGGAGGUGGUGGAGAGACCAGCAGUGGAAUCCCCAACAAGAUUCACGUCCUGGAUGUCAACAACCGCGCCCUCAUCACCGAUGCUGCACGAAUCACUCUGUCAAAUACGGAAGAUUCUGUCAGCUCCAUCGCAAACUUGGCCACCAAGGAUGGUCUCAUCGCCUUCGCUGGUAUCAACUCCUCCCAGGCCGACCAGAACGCAGGCAACAAUGAACACUUUCGAACUUUUGAAAUCCCAUACCCUCCUCGUAAGAAGCAGAAGACGGAGGAGGUGGAAGAGGGGGAUCUGGGAGACAUCAAGCUACUCGCGAAACGAUCCUUGUUCGCAAAGUCCACGGCACCGAAGAAGGAGACAUACCAACGAUUACUUCGUCUGUCGCCCGCUCAGAAACGAGGCUCGCCGGCGAAACGAAUUGGCGCCAUCGCAUCGGGUCUUGCGAAAGAUUCCGAGGUGAUUGUGUUCAACGCCACGGUCGCGGUGCCGUCGCCUGGGGACAUCAUCACUAGAAUCGCCCUGCCUGAAAGGGCAGAGGCUGCGGACCUGGACAUUGCCCUCACUCCAGAGUCAGACUUCAGCAUCGCCUACUGUGACGACUACAAUAUCUACGAGCAGACGAUCCGAUACGACUUCAGUACGAAAAAGGCCGAGAAGAGACCCGUGGGACCAAGACGCGUCUAUCAGAUGCCAGUGCCUGAGAGCUUUCAGAAGGCCAAUAGCCGCUCCAAGUUCCGCUGUGUACGAUUCCUAAACUCGGAUACUGUCAUUGCUGUGGCGAAUAAGCCAAACAAGGGCGGCGCCGAGCUUCGCAUAUUCCAUCUCUAUCCUACCGGACCGGCCAUGGAGGUUAUGCAGCAGAACCUCCCCCGCCGCAUGAAGCAAGCGUCAUGUCUUGACGUAUGCGCUCUGGACACAGACAAAAACGGCAACCAGCAGUUUGCCAUUGCCGUGGCUGGACAAGACAUCAGUAUCGAAGUCUACACCAUCAACUACCAGAACGCCACCGAUACUUUCAAAGGUUUGCGCAGCUAUCUUACGCUUCAUGAUGUCCACGCUCAGCAGAUGACCAAGAUUUGCUGGGCACCAUUCCAUUCACCGCCUCGGGCACCAGAUCUAGGUGACGAAUCCACCACGGAAAGCGACGAAAAGGCCGGCUCUCGACCUGCACCGGCACAUCCAGGACCUCAAUACGCUCGUCUCGCGUCGGUCAGCUAUGCCAAUACAGUCGUAAUUGAUACCUUCCCGCUUUCACCGCUUGAGCCCAGCAACAAGAACUCCCGCUACGUCCUCAGCCAUCCUCGUGAUGAGGCUUUCUGGUGGUGGGCAUACGUUCUCGUCAUCUCCUUCUGUGUCACGAUAGCCGCAAUGCUCUAUGCUUCUUUUGCUGGGUACACUGGCUCGAUGGGACCGCUCGGUCUCGUAUCCCCCGGAGCGCGUGAGCAACUCGAUGYCAAGCAAGUGACCCUCACCAAGACACUACACGAGACAAUCCCUACAGCUGUUGUCGGCGGUGGAGCGCUACGAUACGCUUUGGAAGAACACCACGCCUCGCCUGAAGAUGCCGACGCUACCGCGGUCGUGGUACGCGAGACUGCUGAUGGCGUCGCCAUUGAUGUGCAUCCCGAUAAGGAGGACUAUCUUCAGAAAGACUCUGGAGCCAAGCAUUGGCACGAACUUGAAGAGCAUCAGAAGACUUUCUGGAAAGAGAAGCUCACCAAAGCAGGCCAGUGGGCGGAGCAUGAAGGUGAGAGCGUGCUGAAAGGCGUCCUCUGGAGCACCUAUGCGCAAGUGGCGCAUGAGGUCUUGCGGGAGCUGUAA